GGAUAAUCGUUGAUUGUGUUAGUAAUGUUCGUUACAGUGUAUGCUUAGUUCAUAAAGAUAUACCUGUACGCUGUAUAGUCAUUAGUAACACUGUGGAUCAAAUGGUUGAUAUUUGACUCGACUGGUAAACAUUUUCAAUAGCCGGUGAAUUUAAAACAAAACCAUUUUCAAAAUAUACUUGUGAAAUACAUUAGUUCAAUUCCAACCACCUUCGCAUACUAUUGGAUGAGCAACAAUACAAAUUACAUGUAUUAAAAAUCGACGCGUCAAAUUGGGCAUCAUUUUUAACGUGUUGAAUUAUCAUCAGAUCGACAACAAUGUCACGACGUUCGACCAGAAUAGCUGCAAUACAAAGCAUCGAAACCGGUAAACAUUUAGCACCACCAAAACCAAAGCGACGCAAAUUGAACCAUGCCAAAAAACAAAAUGGCGAUAGCAAUAGUUCAACUACUAUUUUGGAACUGAAUGAACAUUGCUUUCAGGAAAUAUUUGAUUGGUUAUCUGUGAACGAUUUACAUUCAUUUGGUAAAACAUGUACAAAAUUACAAAAACUUGCUGGCUGUCACUUUCAACAAAAUUAUCCGACACAAUCCGUUCAGUUUUGCGAAUUAUGUUCAGUAUUACAGAAAUUUGAUGGUUUCGAAAAAUAUUCCAAAAAUAUAACUAUUACUAUCUGUAAGGAAUGUGAACGGAAUUCUAUCAAUAAGAACCGAGACGAGCAAUAUCAGUAUAUCAACGCACAGUGUAAUCAAUCACUUAAACGCAUCAAAUUUGAACGUUGUACUUUGACUGCAUGUGCUUUGGAUAACAUUCGUACCGCAUUGAAUAGUGUUGAAGAACUGCGCAUAUCGUCUUGUACUGCUGUGGACGAUUUGCAUGAAUGUUUGCUGAAACAUUGCCCGAAUUUAAAGAUAUUAUUCAUUGACAAUACACUGUUUUCAAUAAAUUGGAAAUGGCUGCAUCAAACGUAUCCAAUGCUUGUGCAUUUGCAAUUGAUUCGGAUGCCAAGGAGAAACUAUGAACCAAUGGACCUGGUGUUGCAGUUUCUUGAAAAGAAUCCAAAUAUUCGAAAACUCACAGUUGGUAUGAGUUAUCUCGAAGAAUGCGUCGAAUCAUUGAUGGAAACAAAUAUUCAGCUCGAUGAGCUCACCAUUAAAGAGUACAGCCAGAAGAAUGAAAUACCGACCAGUUUAAUAAAUCAACUCUACGAACGUGGCUUCUACAAAAAAAUAAAUUUGUUAGCCCGAGAUGUAGUCAAUGUUACAGACUGGGAAUGGAAUAUUUAUGGACUUGGAAAGUUCUAUGCUCAAAUAAGUACACAGCCUAAUUCAGAUUAUUCUAAUUUGGUCAAUAUCAAAGAAUUAUGGCCCCGUUGGAGUCCCGACAUACGACGAAAUGUAUGGCCAGGACAUAGAUACCUGAGUAAAGAAGUCUACUACAUUGAACUGGAUCGAUUCGCAAAAUGUAUGAUAAACCUCGAACGAAUCUGGCUUAGUUUAAAUCUUUUUUUUACGUUUAGCAACAUUCAAAUUCAAAAUUGACAGACUUCCUCAAAAACAAAAUUAAACUAAAAAUUGUUUUCUAAACGUAUUGUUCAGAAUGAUUUUGAAAUUUGCGUGUGUAGAGUAUACAUGUGUAGACAUAUGAUGUUCUA